AAAUAUUCCACAGGGCCACUUCUCUCGUACCAUCCUCACCACCACAACGCAUCACUCGUGACAGUUACCAUUCAGAUCACGUCCUGAAACGUAGAACAAUCUCUGACAAUUUAUUUUUUAUUUGGAUCUGUCGCCGAAGCGAAGGCCUCCUCUCAUUCUUCGUCGAAACAUAAUUCGCGAGCGAUUAUCAUGAGUCAAAGAAGUAUGUAUCUUCAGGCCUUAACUAUUGGGUUCACCUUCCUGACUAUUUUUGCUCAACCGACUGAGGUUCCACACAAAGAUAUCGAUAUAUUGGAGACCCUAAUUGACUGCGUACAAAAUUACAACGCAACUGCUCAUCAAUUAGAGGCCAAGAAGAGUGAUCAUAAAGUCACUGAAGGAAGAUCUAAUUGUCUGGAAUCAUGUGUCAAAGAAUUGCGGGGAAAUCUGACAAGAACUGGAGUGUUCACCGACAAAGAAAUGGUUGAGAAGAUUUCCAAAGAGUCGUCAGGAGACAGUCAUCUAAAAUCCGCCGUGAUUUCCUGCACAAAAGACAGAAACGCCGAAGGGGUUGAUGAUUGCAAAUCGACAAAGCGUCUCCUCGAUUGCUUAAAACAGAAGAUAGAUUGCCCAAACAGAAACGACUGCAUCUUGAGAAUUUUAUUUACAGUGAAUGGUGCUUAGGAUCCCAAACAUCCGGUAGCAUAUCUGUAUUCCAGUUGAUGCACAUCCUCUCAUAAUUUAACUGAUGAUACAGCAACUGUCCUUGGAGAAUGUUCUGAUGGUGAUGGGAUAUGACCAACGUCUAGAACCAGAUACACAGUAUCCUGCAGAUAAUUAUGCAUCGAAAAGAUUAUUAACUGCAGCAACAUAUGAAUCGCAUUUCUAAUUUUAUUCAUGAUAUUGUAAUCAUUCUUAAUAAACCACAAAAAACUCA